CUGCGCUUCCAGAUGCAGGUAUGAGAGCGUGGCCAAGUACAUCGUCCUGGCCAUGGACAGAGAAGACUUGCAGAUGAAUGAAAGAGACAGGCAGCUCCUCAACAACCCAUCCAUACAGAACAUUAUGCGUCGGAUACGGAUGAAUGUCCCGCUGCCACCAGAGCCCAGGCAAAGGGAUCCCAUGCAGGAUUUCGACGUUCAGGCGGCAGCCAACGGGCUACGCGUGCUGGAGCUGACCGAGCAGAACCUCAACAUGUUCGAAAACUUGGCGAACAAUGAGCUGCCGCACGAUGACUGCCAGUUUGCGUGCAGCGUCUGCGACAGCGUGUGGUGGAGACGCGUGCCACAGCGGAAAAUGGUGUCCCAGUGCAGGCGCUGCAAAAGGAAGUACCAGCCAGUGCCACGGGACAGGGAGUGGGGGAGUGGAGCGCUCUUCAACUGCACAAACUGCAAUAACACCUUCAGCGGCUGGGGACAGAUGGGCGUGCCAUCGCCGUGCUACCAGUGCCAGGUCGGCGUGUGCCCCACGCGCGUGCAGCGCCCCAAAACGCACAGUGCCGCGCGCCCUUCCGGGCAGCAGCACAGCUGCAUGGCCGAGGACUGCUACAACCGCCAGGGCCCCGGGGUUACCGGGACGCACUGUGUGCACCCGCGCACCUUGCAGGUGAGGCGCCGGCGGCGCGUGUUGCACGCGAGCGAGCCGCACAUCAGCACCGCCUCCACGGUGGCCACGUGCAUCAGCCAGGGCAGCCUCGUGGAGCACGAGGACGUCCUCAUCGAGCAGGACCUCUUGGAGGAGGACGAGAAUCGGCACCACUGACCGUGCCGCGAGCAGGGAUCGAACACGAGUCGCGCGCGAGCCUCCUCCGCUCCUUUGCGUUGGGUCGUGUUUUUAACCCAACGAUGAUCCCUUGUUUAUCGAAGAUGGGGGUGGAUGAACGGUGCGGUGGUUUUUGUCCAUUGCGCUGUGAACCCAGCGAAGCAAGUUCGAUCCCCGGCCACCACUAAAAAGCAGUGUGGAGUGGUAUCUGAACUGGUCCUGGAUGCCCCCUUUGUUAAACCGCACUGACAAGCUGAGUGGAGUAUGGUCAAACAUUCCUCGUGAACAACACUGCUUUACGAUAUUUGACCAUUUUUUUGUGUCCCAAAUUUUUAUUCAUAAAAAAUAUUUUAUUCCACAUCCUCCCUCGCAUCAUACAUUGCACUAUUUUGACACUCCGGGCACAAUUCCAAGGGGCAUCAAAGGUAUCGGGCAUACCGUACUUAUCAGGGCAGGCAGGAGGUUUUUUUCCCCCUUUUUAAAGUGCUCUUUUAAUUGUUUUGAUUUAACCUUGUUUUGGACUUUUUGUGUUUAUUCACAUUAUAAACAGUGAUGUGCACGAGGUGAAAAAUGUUCCGAAAAAAAAGUAUUUGCAGUCGGCAUGUGAGACGUGAUAACAAUGGCUCUUUCAUGCAUCAUGCUAUCGUGCUGUGUAGCCAGAUGGAAAUUCAGUAGGUACCUUGAAACACAUACUCUUAUACUCUUAGUUCUUUCGGUAAAGUCACGUAGGUAAAAAAUGAAAUUAAAAUUAAUAAAAAUAAAACAAUAAAAAUCACGACGUUUCAGAGGCAACACAAGUCUCCGUCAUCAGGUGGGACCGGCACAGCCAGAUUUGCUGCAUCAAGUGAAGGAGGGAUUCAAGAUGUAAGCUCUUAAGUACCAGUAAUUGUUUCUGUGGGGUGGUUUAUUUUAAAUGUAUCGGUUAGUGGGGGUCCACUGGCCAACUGGAGAGCAUCUACUCUAUACGCGACUAAUCUAUAUGCUUGGAUGUAUGUUUGUUUCUUUCUAUACUCUCCACGAAAUUCAAUGAACAAGGAGUCUUUUGAAAACUAAAGUAGUUUAUAUUAUAUUAAAACAAUACAAAUACUUUUUAAAUUUCGAUUCAAAGCUUUCGUGACUGCAGGGAUUUAUCUUCUUGGUUUUUUCGGUAAAGUCACGUAGAAGGGAAAUAAUAAAUUAAUAAAAAUAAAACAUAAUAAAAUAAUUCUCACAACGCAAGCAGCCGUCCUCAGGUGAAGAACAGGUCUGUCGGAAAGACAGACGUCGUGAGAAUUAUUUUAUUAUGUUUUAUUUUUAUUAUUUUAUUAUUUCCCUUCUACGUGACUUUACCGAAAAAACCAAGAAGAUAAAUACUUUUUACCUGAUAAAUCUGCUUAGCUGCUCUAUCAUUUACAAUAGCUUGGCAUGUGAUGGCAAACUCUUGUAAAUUCGUACAAUGGAUAGGGUUAUAGAGGGCGGGGUGGCACAGAGAGCUGUUGAAACUUAAUGGCUUCUCUUUAGUCUCCAAUAAAACCACCUCCAUAACAAUGAUCAACAACAUCUAUACAGCAUAUCUCAAUGUAAAACCAAAUACACUUGUAUGUGCGUGUAGCGCAAGGACGUGCGGUCAGGGGAGACAGAGCCUCACCUGUUAUACUCCAAUGAAAAUAGCUGUUACGAAAAAAAAGAAUCGUCAAAUAAAAAAUUUCAU